CAUGGCGCCGGUAGAGUUUAACAUUUCAGCAAAGUUUGACUAAAUACCUCAUGUUAUUUUGCUAUUUCACUUGACAAAGUUACUGAAUCGGUUGAGAUUUUUUUUUUCUUCGCCAAGAAGUGGCUUUACUGGAAAAUGUUCGUGGCGAAGAGUAUCGCGGCGGAUCAUAAAGAUCUCAUUCACGAUGUGUCUUAUGACUUUCAUGGUCGGAGGAUGGCGACCUGCUCCAGUGAUCAGAGUGUCAAGGUCUGGGAUAAAGGUGACAAUGGAGAAUGGCACUGCACUGCCAGCUGGAAGACACAUAGUGGAUCUGUGUGGAGAGUAACCUGGGCGCACCCUGAGUUUGGUCAAGUGUUGGCGUCUUGUUCGUUUGAUCGCACUGCGGCUGUAUGGGAGGAGAUAGUUGGCGAAUCCAAUGAUAAACAACGCUGUCAAAGUCACUGGAUCAAGAGAACCACACUGGUGGACAGUCGGACAUCAGUAACUGAUGUGAAGUUUGCACCGAAGCACAUGGGUCUUAUGCUGACCACCUGCUCUGCGGACGGGGUGGUACGCAUCUACGAGGCCCCUGACGUGAUGAACCUCAGCCAGUGGUCUCUACAGCAUGAGAUCUCCUGCAAGCUCUCCUGCUCCUGCAUCUCUUGGAACCCAUCCAGUUCCCGAGCUCAUCCUCCAAUGAUAGCCGUUGGGAGCGAUGACAGUAACGUGACAUACAGUGGCAAAGUACAAAUUUAUGAGUAUAAUGAAAAUACCAGAAAGUAUGCCAAAGCAGAGACACUGAUGACUGUGACUGAUCCAGUGCAUGACAUCGCCUUUGCUCCUAAUCUCGGGAGAUCUUUCCAUGUGUUGGCUAUUGCGACCAAAGACGUCCGCGUUUUCAAGCUCGUACCACUAAGGAGAGAGGGUGCCACCUGCUCUGGUCCCACUAAGUUUGAGGUGCAGGUGAUGGCUCAGUUUGACAGUCAUAACUCUCAGGUGUGGCGAGUGAGCUGGAACAUCACCAGCACUCUGCUGGCCUCCUCUGGAGAUGAUGGCUGCGUGCGACUCUGGAAAGCUAAUUACAUGGAUAACUGGAAGUGCACAGGGAUCCUGAGAGGAGAUGGAAGUCCAGUAAACGGCUCCUCAGGACACACUGCAGCUCUGAGCGCUGUGAGCGUUUCUGGAGCUGCCCAGAUGGUUGUUGGGGCAGCUUCUGCUGGGAGAAAAAAAUCUCAGCUGAUGCCAGGCUAAUGGCAUAAUGUGCUGAUUGGCUGCUUGCUGCAUGCACAUGCACGGGAUUGGACCAAGAACUCAUUGACCCCUCCCCGUGCACUGUGUGACACCUGUACACUCUUCCAACUACUAAUCCAACAGAAAUGCGUGAUGGUGCCUGGAUCUGUCAUGUGACUGAUAAAGCAACUGUGCCUGUUGUGUAUUCUGUUCAGUGGCACGUAACUAAUGUUGUUUUGUUAAGUUUUUGUUUUCUUGAACAAAUUAGACUUAAGCUCAUGGUUCAAAACGGAAAUCAUUUUGCCAUGUGCACAUCAAAAAAUCACUUCUACCUGAAAGAUUUUGUUUAGUCAUGUUUGAAAACUGGCAUCAUGUCUUCAAUUUGUUGGUAGCUUUAUAUCAGAUUUGCCACCUUUUGGGGUGCAUGUGGACCAAUGGCCUUCAAGGAAUAGUUUCCCCAAAAAUGAAAAUUCCCUCAUAAUUUACUCCUCAUGCCAUCCCAGAUGUGUAUGACUUACAUUCUUCUGCUAAACACAAAUAAAGAUUUUUUUUUAAACAUUUCAGAUCUGUAGGUCCAUGCAAUGCUAGUGUAUAGUGGCCAGAGAUUUGAUGUUUAAAAAGCACAAAGGCAGCAUAUAAACCAUUAGACUCCAGUGGUUAAAUCCAUGUCUUCAAAAGUGAUGUUGGGUGUGAGUGAGAAACAGAUCAUUAUUUAAGUCCUUGUUUUACUAUCAAUUCCACUUUCACGUUCUUCUUUUGUUUUUGGUGAUUUGCUUUCUUUGUGCAUAUCGCCACCUACUGGGCAAGAAGAAGAAUUUUUAGCAAAAAAGGACUUAAAAUAUUAUCUGUUUUUCCACCCAUACCUAUCAUGUUGCUUCAGAAGACAUGGAUUUAACCACUGGAGACAAAUGGAUUACAUAUAUGCUGCCUUGAUGUGAUUUUUGGACUUUCAAAAUGUUGUUACUCAUUCACUUGCAUUGUAUGGACCUAAAGAGAUGAAAUAUUCUUCGAAAAAUAUUUGUUUGUGUUGAGCAGAGGAAAGUCAGACAUCUGAGAUGGGAUGAGGGUGAGUAAAUGAUGAGAGAAUAUUCCCUUUUUGGUGAACUUCCUUUAACCUUUGCUUUCAACAGUAUAUGAAUGAAUCUUAGGAAAUGUCCAGGUUACAUUUUAUAGGUUACAUCACAAUAUCUACAGAAAAUGAUGCAUUUCCAGGACAGUUACGCAUCCCCAACCCCUCCUUUCAGUACCAUACAGUUAUUUUUUUAUUGAUUUUUAAAUCAGCAUGAAUUAUAGACCGUACAACCAACGUUACCAUGAUUUGUGAAUGUUUCACUAUUUUAAUGUUUUUGUUAAUUACUGUUUGCAUUACAGUAUUGAGAAUUGAGGGGAUGGGGUAGUCCUUGUAAUUGUCAUGAAAAAAAGUCACAAUGCCAAAAAUCGAAUUGUCCUAAAAUAAUUUUUCUUUUUGUGUGAAAUAUUAUGGAGCCCAUAAGUGGUUCUCAACCAGGGGGCCGGACCCACUUGGGUGCCUAAGCACACUUCCAAGGGGGCCUCAAUAUGACUUAAAUUUAAUUUUAUAUAAGAAAUAUUAAAAUAAUUAAAAUAGUCCUCAAAUAAAAUGCUAAGAAAAAAAAAAAAGGUUUUAUGAUGUAUGCCUACAAAUUAUAAACAGACUCAUUCUGAAACUUCUAGAAUCAAAAAUUAAACUAUUUAAUUUAGUUUUGGGCGAAUAGUUUCUAGUUUCGAACCACAGUUUUAAGAACAAUGGUAAAAUAUACAAUAACAUAUUUUUUUUUUUUCACAGAAUAAUUUAUUUUUAUUACCAUAAUUUUGGUUUUCCUUUUUCACUACUAUAGUUAAUACCAUAGUUCAACUAUGUUUGCUAUAGUAAAACCACGCUUGGUUUUUGAAUGGGCUAGAUAAAGAUAUUGUGAGGGAACCCAAAAUAAUUGCAAAGGGAAUGCAAAACUAUAAAAAAGAAAAGAAAAGAAGAAAUGCCCUCCCUGUCUUCUAAAAUGUGAACUGGGCCAUUCACAUAUACAUAUUUUUGCUGUUUAGUUUAGUGUUAUUGUUACUCACUAUAUAUUCUGCAGUGUGGACAAUAGAGGGAGACGGUGUGUCUAAUUCUGCCCAGUUCUGUUCAGACACACGUCUCCAAAAUUGUCAUUAACACAUUUUCUAAUUUGUUGAUUGGAUGAAACUGAUAAACCAUAAUGCAGUAUCUAGUCUGGGAUGUAUGCACAGAUUGUUAGUUUGAUUUUAAAACCAAGCGGCUUUUGCAGUGCAGUAGUCAGUGAUGAACCAUGUCCAUCUCAUCAUCAAAAGCAUGUGCCAAUCCAAAGUCUUGAUGUAUGAAUACCUGCAUCAUGAAUCAAAGGCUGGCAGCCAUAGCCAGUUGCAAAAUGUUUUAAUUGCUCGAGAUGCCAGUUCCCCAUCAAUAGAGAAAAUGUGCUGCACUUUAGAAAUUCAGAUCUAGAAGGAACUAAAACUCUUGAAGAGUGUUUAU